CCCCAGUGGUGACUUCCUCCCGCCGUACGCCCUCCCCACCCACAUGCACCCUCCUCUUACUCUACCCCAAGGCCGUGCGCUCUCCUCCCACCGCCAUGCACCCUCCUCCCAUUUCACCCCGCUUCCCGGCCUUGCGCCCUUCCCCGCUCCGGCCAGGCGCUCUCCGUCCUCCCAGCUGCCUGCUGGACAGAAGGCCCGGCGCGGGUCUCCAGCUCCCAGAGCCGCCCCGGUCCCGGGAGGGGGUCCUGCCCCGGCCGCCAGCCCUGAGGUGCCCUUGGUGCGAGCGUCAGCUUCGGCCUCCGGAGCGCCGCCCUCACUGGCCGCACAGGCCCUUCAGCUGGGCAGCGGGAAGUGGUGCGCCGGAGCCGAGCUUCUACCAGGAGUUCUUUACUCUCGUCCCCCAUUGCCAGACCCCGAUGGUGGAGGAUCGCGCAGGAGAGCGGCUGCAAUGUAGAGGGGAACGUCACUGUGCGGAUUCUGGAGCUGUGAGAGCGCUGGGGCUCGUGCCAGGUGGACUUCGGCCGGACGGCAGGGCUGCCGGGUGCCCGGGAUGGAGGCAGAAGGUUUGGAUUGGCUUCUGGUCCCGCUACAUCGGCUGGUUUCCUGGGGGGCCGCCGCAGCCAUGGUUUUUGGGGGCGUGGUGCCGUACAUCCCGCAGUACAGGGACAUCAGGAGGACUCAGAACGCCGACGGCUUUUCCACCCACGUGUGUCUGGUGCUACUGGUGGCCAAUAUUCUACGGAUACUCUUCUGGUUGGUGCUCGGCAGCCUCUGGAAAUGACUUCUUACUCAUCCACCAAAAACCGUCUCCUGCUCACUUGGUGAAACACAAGCCACUGUGUUACCUCAGCAACUUUCAUUUCACCAAGCAGCUGCUAUCUGUGAUGGACAGCAGUGUCUCAGCACUGCUCUGCAAGAGGGAAACGGUUCCAGCUGGAGACAGCAGGGAUGAAGAGCCCAAAGCCCCGCCCAGGCGGUCCUAUCUGGAUUUUGAUCCACACCACUUCUGGCAUUGGAGCAGCUUCGGGGACUAUGUGCAGUGUGUCCUGGCCUUCACUGGUGUGGCGGGCUAUGUCACCUACCUGUCCAUCGAUUCGGCCCUGUUUGUGGAGACGCUGGGCUUCCUUGCAGUGCUGACCGAGGCCAUGCUGGGCGUGCCACAGCUGUACCGCAACUACUGCCACCGCUCCACCGAGGGCAUGAGCCUCAAGAUGGUGCUCAUGUGGACAAGCGGGGACACCUUCAAGACAGCCUACUUCCUGCUCAAUGGUGCACCCCUGCAGUUCUCAGUCUGUGGCCUGCUGCAGGUGCUGGUGGACCUGGCCAUCCUGGGGCAGGCCUAUAUCUUUGCCUGCCACCCCCAGAAGCCAGCACCCCACACUGCACACCCUGCCAGUGCCAAGGCCCUCUGAGGCACCAGAGACAAGACUGUGUGAUCCUGGCUGUGGGCACUAGUCAUCCUGUGCUCCCACGUCAGGGCGGGUGGGCCCAAGGCCACACAAGGAGCAGGCUGGGUGUGGGUGGAGGUGAAGUCCUGGUGCCAGGUUCUCCACCAGCCUGCGUGCGGGGUGGGUGCCUGGGGGUGGCUGGGAACAGGCCAGUCUGGCACUCCCCGUGAGGACAGUGGGCACGGAUCUUGCACCCAGGGCUAGCUCUCAGGCAUGUUCAAGUUGACAGGAAACUGUGUCUCAUGCGCCUUCUCAGAUGCACUGGCCUGACCUGAGAGGCUCCGUCAGGAAGCAGGGCUGUGGGGCUCAGCAGCUGCCCUGGGCAAGCCUGGGGAGGGGGGCCCUGCAGACCCCGGGCAGAACCUGUGGCUGCCAGGACAGACAGCAGGCCAGUGUGAGGGUCCUGGCUGCUGGUGGCCCAUCCCCAUGCUGUCCCCACCUACCCGCUGCCACUCUUGCUGUGCCUGCCUGACGGGCCGCUGGCCUGACACCACCGCCAUGUUCCCCCUUUCCAUUCAACACCGGUGACGUGUGCUUGGCAGCCCUGUGCCCAUCUGGUCACUCCCAGCCCUGAGAGUUCUGGAUGCUUCUGUGGACUCCCACAGGCAAUGACUUCCUUCUGCAGGGCAGAGGGGCCGCCCCCAUGCAGGGGUCGCGGCAGGCUGUGGUCAGCACCAGGCUCGUGAUGGCAGGGGGCGCUAUGGUGGCCCAGGAAGCCACAGCACCAUCCCCACCUGGCUUUCCUCAGAUUCAGUGUCUGAGUGAGGCUCUUGCUUAGUUCUGUGGCUGCAAGAUGCUUUGAAAUGUUUAUUUUUUAAAAAUGAAGGUAGAUGUCUGUAGUGGUAAUUGCUUCCAAAUUAAAAUGUCACCGACCGCAGGUUCGGUGGCUGCUCAUUGAAUGUA